UAUGUGAGCCGUGUACAGGAAGUGGCGGGCCGCGGCUUCUCUAGGUCCGCACCUUUUCCGGUAACACAGAACUACAGUUGAGAGAGCGAGCGAGAGCGGCAAAAAGAAGACUGAGAGGCGGAGGAGAAACGGCCCGGGAACCGGGCAGAACGAUAGCUGGAGACAAAUGGAAGAGGAGAAAGUCGGAUGAAUCACUGACCUUUCCGGGCCUUCCUCCACGGAAAGGUUGUGGGGGUUGAAUCCGUGUUUUACGGCAGUGGAUUUAAUCAGCAAGCACCGAAGCGAUUGCGGACGCACAGCGACCGAGGAGGAAGUGUUAAAUCCGGGUAUGGACUGGGCCUGACUCCGACUCCCGCUGAGCGCUCUGGAGUCUGGAAGACUUUGAAGUCUUUGUGGAAAUGUGUUUUUUAAAAAUGAAAUUGUUAGAUUGAUCCUACAAGGGCUACUGCACACCCACUCAGGUCACAUAUACAAAUAUUUUUAUUAUUCAGCCGCCAUUAAAGACGCUAGACUUCCUUACCCCCCAUUUACUAAGUAUUUAUGCCCAACAAACAAGAUGGGGAAAAUGCUGUCAAAGAUCUUUGGCAACAAGGAGAUGAGAUUAUUGAUGCUUGGACUUGAUGCAGCGGGGAAAACCACCAUCCUGUACAAGCUGAAGCUGGGACAGUCAGUCACCACUAUCCCAACGGUGGGCUUCAACGUGGAGUCGGUCACCUACAAGAACGUCAAGUUCAACGUGUGGGACGUGGGCGGCCAGGACAAGAUCCGGCCCCUUUGGAGACACUACUACACCGGUACACAGGGCCUCAUCUUUGUGGUGGACUGUGCCGACAGGGAUCGGAUCGACGAGGCCCGUCAGGAGCUCCACCGUGUCAUUAACGACCGUGAGAUGAGGAACGCCAUCAUACUCAUCUUUGCCAACAAGCAGGACCUCCCAGACGCCAUGAAGCCCCACGAGAUCCAGGAGAAGCUGGGCCUUACGCGGAUCCGGGACAGGAAUUGGUACGUUCAGCCCUCAUGUGCGACGUCGGGGGAUGGACUUUUUGAGGGCCUCUCCUGGCUUACUUCAAACUACAAAAGCUAAUGCCCCACCAGCCUGAACUUAACAGUAGUCAACAAUGAAAACACAUGCGUGAGAGAAAGAGAGAGUCUAAUGCAAUUAAUUACACAACCACUCUAUAGCAAUUAGUUUUAUUCCCCAUUUUUCUUGAUUGUGACUAGUCAAAUCCAAAAUUGUAAUUUUUGUUUGCUUUGCAGCUCCCUCCCUAUCGGCAUAAUCAGUUUAAGAAUAAUUUCAGCUCUUAUUGUUUGGCAGGUUACUUCGCUUUUGCUAUCUUCUUGUUCUCCAUGGACUUGACACAACCGAUCCUAAGAGUAGGUGGACAACUUCUGGGAUUUGUUUUGCCUUUUAUUAGCAUGUUAUGUUGAACUUUUUCUAAGAAUGUCUGUGUUGCGCCUCAAAAACAAACAAAAAUGUGAUUGUACUUGUUAUUUUUGUUGUUGUUUUUGAGGAAGAGGGACACCUUUAGGGAUGUUGAACUUCGACUCACUGUGAUAUGGAAUAUAUGUCUCGCACAGAUCUUCCAUUGCGUUGUUUGUAGUUUCAGCUGCCUUAAAAAGGGUGUUCUUUGCACUUUGGGGUGGAAUGUCAGGAGAGGUGUCACUUUGCGCUUUUAAGUUUGAACUGACUUUUGGACCCCAGCAAGUAUUUCUACGACAUCCUCCACUCUCCAGACCACCUCCAUUUUUGUAAAGUUGGCGCUUCAAUUACUUCAUCAUCAUCACCCCUUUUAAUAGAUCACUCUUCAGUUUUCUCACAUUUUUUUGAAAUGCUGAUUGAAGUAAUAAAAAAAUGUCAUUCAAAUCAGAA